UGGAAAUGAGACAAAACUGAGCUGCCACUCACCAGUGCCACCAGAAACCUCUGAAGCCAAAAGUGUUUUGUGAUUUGUCAUUGUGCUGGAUGGCAAUUCUUUUUUUUUUACCAGGGGCUAUCAACAGGUGGAUUCAAUAAAGGAUUGUUUUGGGCAGAUAGUGGAUUUUUAAAAAAAAAAAAGCUGAAGUGAAACAUUUUGCUUUGACUGAAUAGGACUACAGUGGACUACAACUCUGAAGACCAGUAAUAUCUGAGGAGACAAUGAACAUGCUGUCAAACCCAGUGAUCAGGGCCCAGGAGCAGUCUCUUUCUCUAUGUGGCCCUGGGUCUGUCCAGGACUUAACCCACUGCCCUCCAGGGUUCAACCUGAACUCCCGCCUAAAUUCUGCACCAAUGCUGGGCCUUCAGAGCAGCCAAAGAUCAACCAAACCCCAGAGAGAGCUGAGCCCUGAGGAGCAGCAAGAGCUCAGGAGGAAGAUCAACAGCAGAGAAAGGAAGCGGAUGCAGGACUUGAACAUUGCCAUGGACGCUCUGAGGGAGGUCAUGGUGCCCUACGCCUCCUCACCUUCUUCUGCCCCCUCUCAGUCCCACCAGACUGGAGCUCCUCCUGGCCGCAGGCUCUCCAAGAUUUCCACCCUGGUCCUGGCCAGGAAUUACAUUCUUCUCCUGGGUUCAUCUCUACAGGAGAUGCGACGCCUGCUGGGAGAGGUGAGCGUUGGGAUGGGGAUUAACGCAGGGCCAGUUCCUCGGCUGCUGCUCACUGGAGGGUGGCCUCUCAUCUCCGGGCCCAGUCAGAUUCUCCUCACCCAAGAAUCUCUCCUCAGCUCGACAGCUGCCUCAUCACCCCCCUCCUCUUCCUCCUCCACUUCAUCCUCUGCAGCUAAAUGUCCACUGCUGUCCCCAGGCCCCAUGGAAGCAUCACUGGCCCCAGUGCAGUGGAGCUCAGGUGGGCCCCUGUGCCCCUGUGGGGUCUGCAGACUGCCCAGAUUCAGCCAUUCCAACCCGGUCCCCAGAUUCCCAAAGUGACACCUUGAAGCUGAAGACAAACUCUGAAAGAAAGGACUUAAUGACUGUUACGUGUAUGCAAUGUUUUUAUAUGGAGUUAUUUUUCUAACAUUUUUAACACCUUUUAUAAUAUUUUACUACAUUAUAUACUCACCACUAUACUUUGAAUCAUAUGCAACUUUUUAUAUUUGUCAAGGCUGGCUUUGUAAAUGAUGUCACACAUAUUAGAUGUAAACUAUAAUGGUGUUGACAUGUUGCAUAUGAUUGCAGCGUUGUGCUGGUGUUCAGAGGCCCACAGCUCUAAAACAUCGAAAUAAAAACUAUACUGUACAGGCUCAAAAAAUAAAUGUAUCAUUCUACUUUGUGCGGAUGUAUUUACAAGACAUUAAAA